AAAGCAGGCAUCACCCAAACAAAAAUAUCUUGUGUGAAAACUGAAAACAUUCCGUGGCCUCUCUCUCUCUCAAUUCUUUCCUACUAAAAUUCCUUUUUCUCGUUGCGAUUAGGGCAAAAGCUUUCAACUUUUAAUGUUUCCUCCAAAAUCUCUCCUAAUCAAGCCCGGAUUCGUCUAAUUGCUCUUUUCUUUAAUCUCCAAAUAUUCUUAUAAAUCUGUGUUUUUAGGGUUUUUAAUCGAUUACUAUGUUUAUUUCAUCUUCACCUGUUAUUAACUCCGUCGUGCUGCGUCAAAAUCUUCGCGUUUUGGGCCCUGGUCUCAAUCCGUUCUCUCCUUAUUGCAUUGCCAAUCACUCCUCUUCUUCUCGCUAAUUUUUGUUUUUUCCUAUCAUGUAAAUCAGCUUCUUUGUUUAUUGUUUUUCAAUCAAUUUGCUGUUGCGAACAAAAACGAUAAUUGAUUAUCAGGGUUUGGUUUCUGGUUUAAUUAAGAAAUUUGGAAAGGAUGAUUGAAAGCAUGCCCCAAGAGCAACUGGGUCCUUUUUGUUUUCAGCGUAAGUUGUCUAAAAAGCGCUUCUUUAGGUCUGUGGUGGACAGGGAUGAUAGGGGUUGGACUCCCCUUCAUAUCAGUGCUCGUAAAGGUGAUCUCAAAGCGGUGAAGCAACUUCUCAAUGAAGGAAUGGAUGUGAAUGUGUCAGCAUGGGGUCCCAAAUCAAAAGGGGUGACUCCGCUUCACCUUGCCGCCCAGGGUGGCCACCUUGAAGUCAUGGAUGAAUUGCUUGAGCGAGGUGCUGACAUUGAUGCUAGAACCAAGGGUGCUUGUGGCUGGACCCCACUUCACACUGCUGCCAAAGAAAGAAAGAGGGAAGCUGUUAAAUUCCUGAUUGAGAACGGAGCAUUUUUGCCGGAUAACAUUGAUGAUAGCAGAUUCAAUCCGCCACUUCAUUACUGCCCUGGUCUUGAAUGGGCAUAUGAAGAGAGGGAGCGGUUUCAAAAAGAAAAUCUAUCUGCAGGCGAGACCUCUUAUAGCUCCGAGAGCUGAAUGCUCUUGCUCACUCAUGCAUUCACAUGAGCUUGUUGCAUCUUGGUUUGGUUUGGUAUUUGCAACUUCAUGCGUUACAGUCUUGUCCUGUGUCUAGGAAAUUCUGUUGUAUCUGUGUCAAUGUUUAGUUUCACUUCUGAUAUGGGUGAUGUUAUAAUAAUUCUUGAAUAAUUCAGAUACUUAUUCACAUUAUAAACAAAUGUUAGUAGCCUUUCAGGCUUUGGUCUUAAAUUUGUGUCCUAGAGUGAAUAAGAACUUUAUGAAGUUCGGUGCUUUUGUUUAUGUCUAGCUAUUGAAAUGUGCUAGUAAGAGCGGUGUUUUUUUUUGUCGGUUGAAAGAAUUUGAUGCUUUUCGUUUUCAAUAAAGCUACAGACAUCGGGGUUUUUGCA